GUCCUGGUAUUGAGCUGAUCUGCGAUUGGUCUUUAUUGUGUAACGUAACCGUCUCUUUUGAGAAUUUAAAUAGCCCAUCUUGCAUUUCCCAUAGUACGUUAACCCAUGGCGUAAUGGUUUCCCAUAGAAUCGUCCUUCGUGAAUUUCCCUCGCAAAAGUACGUUGUUACUUGAACGAGACGGUCGCGUUAAAGUUGCUUGUGGCACUCUACCCUUGAACGAUUAGAAUAAUAAUAGUAACACUUUGAGAUUUAUUUAACUUGAACUAGCGUUGUGCACCAAGAUGUCCUUUCCCAGAGCAAGAAUUCAAAGAUUCAACGAAUUUCCUAAUGAUGCGCCGCCUCCAGGAGCUUAUGAUCCAAAGUUCAAAAAUAAAAUCAAGGGAUUGGUUAUUGAGAAAACAGAUAGAUUCCAAGACAACAAAAGUAUCUCUAGUAGCUGCGCCGAUUGUAACACCUCGACAUCUAGCAAGUCAGGCAGCAUUACCGGGGUACCACCGUUCAAAAUUCCCCAGUUACCGAAGAAAAAGUCUGUCACUAAGCCAGCACAAAAUAAUUCAUCUGUGAAACUGGCGAGUAAUAAAAAAUGUGAUAUCAAAUACGAUGUAACAAAAGAACUAGCCGAUCUAAAGGUCGAGUGCCACAACAAGGACAAAACCAUACAAGAAUAUGAAAAGCAGAUAGAGGACAUGAAGGAAGAUAUUGUGAACCUUGAAAGACAGCUGGCUGCAAUCAAAGAAGAGCAAACAGAAAUUGAGUCUCGGUACAAGAAAAAUAUGGAUGAAAUGGUACAAGAUCGUCAGCUGGCAGACAUAGAGAUGAAAGCAAAGAUGCAAAAAAUCCAUGAAGAUUUCCAGGCUGAAAUAAGUAAGAUGAAAGACGAGGAAUACAAGCUUCGAAUUGAGCUUACCAAUCUAUCCGAGGUCCGAGAAGACCUUGAUGUCAAAUUGCAGCAACGUCAUGAUCUGGUUAUUCAAUUGCAAUCCCAGCUAUCAAUGCUGGAAUGUGAACGCGAUGAAUAUAAGGCAGAGAACGAGAAUUUAGCCUCAGAAUCAGACCGUCAUGCAAUGUCGCUUGCUGCAAGCUAUGGUGCGGAAAUGGAUGGUUUGAUAAAAGACUUUGAACAGAGAAAGGAAAAGUUAACAGACGAACUUGAGUCUGAAAGAAACGAGAAAUCUCAAUUGAAAGAUUCCCUGCAAAUAGAAAUUGCUGCUAAGAAAUCUUUGGAAGAGAAGUUAUUAAAAAUCGAAUGCUUAUAUUCUGAUGUGAAGAGUCGCUUGAAAGAAGCUAAAGAUGAACUCCAAGAGGUUAAAGAUCACCAUUCCCAAGUAUUGAAGAACCAUUCCCAGGAAAUUCAGACACUGAUGAGUCGCCAUGCCGAAGAAGUUGCUCGUCUGGCAGAGAGGACGGAAGAAUUCCGACAAAAAUGUGCAGUGCUACGCGAAAAGAGGCAUGAAAUGGAAAAAAAGGCUGAAAGUAUGAUCCAGGAGGUUAAGCAAUCUGUUAACGAAGAGUUGCAGAAAGCCACAGAAAAGUACAUUACAACUUUGGCUGAAAUGGACUCACAACUCACAACCGCCCAGAAAAAUCUUGAACAAAAAGAAGAAGAAAUUGUUCAAUUAUUAGUUGAGAUAGAAGAAUUGAAAGAAUCCUCUGCCACCAAGGAAAGUUCCAACCAGAGCUUACAAACCGAUCUUGACCGAGCUGAAGCAGAAUUAGCCGACAGGAAGGAAGAGAUAAAAACUUUGAAAGACCAACUUCGCAAUGAGGCAUCAGAGAUGGUUACAAGACGAAGGAGGCUGGACCUUGUAAUGUCAGAAAAUCAGGCGACUGUUACUGCAAUCAGCGAACGUCUGGCGGAAAGUGAUUCAGAGGUUGAGCGUUUACAAGCCGAGUUGGAAUGGGAGAAAACGCGAUUGCGGGAACAUCGCGAGUUGCUGAACACAAUGCGCGCUAAUUCCACCCUUGCACACGAACAAAUGCGAAGUCUGUUACAGCAAUUGGAUGCUAAAAAAGAAGAUAUAGAUCAGCUCGUCGUCGAUAACGUGGUGAAAUUUGAUGCAAUGAAGUCUUUAUUUGACGCUAAAAUACAAGAACUGAAUGAUGUUACUGCUGUUGAAAUCACCAGACUCAGAGCAGAGUGUGACAAAUCGAAUGAUGAAAAUAAAGAGCUAAAACAACAGCUUGCUGAGAUGUUGGAAAAAUUGAACGACGCUCGAGAAUUGUUACUUAAAGCCGAAGAACAGUAUGAUGCUCAAGGAAUUGAGUUAGCGCAGUUGGAGGUAUCUUGUCAUAAGUUUGAGAAGUUAUACAAAGAGUCAAAUAAAAAAUAUGAAGAAAGUAACGCGAAAUUGGCUGAACAACAGUUGGCCAUUGACAAGGCACAGAGUUACAUCGCUGAGUGGACUAAAAAGUUUGAAAUCAUGGAAGGCAAAGGAGAACACUGCAAGGAGAACUGUUCAACGCCAGAACAUGAAAGUGACCCAAAAGAUAAAACCGAAGUAGAAACCAAAGUAGAACUCGGAACAAGUUGGAACCCUGAAGCAGAUUUUUCAAAAUUCUUCGAAGAUCGUGACCUGCUUGAAUCGAACUUGCGGAAAGUAGAAGCUGAGUAUAAGGACCUCGCAGACAAGUACGCAGCUGUGAUUGGGCACAACAAUCACAAGCAGAAGAUUCAGCAUAUGUUGCAAAUGAAAAAAGAAAAACUGCAAUUAAAAGAGGAUGUUGACGCAGCGAGAAGAAUAAUAGCGCAGCAACAACGAACGAUUGAGAAGCUGCGCUCUGAUGAGCGUGCUCGGCAGCAUUCAAAAGAAAAUGUACCAUCUUCGGUUGUCGCAUCCCCGCACAAGCCGAGCACUCCCUUAAAGGACAGAAAUGUUUGACCUGGAAGGACUCGAGACCCUCAAUUCUCGAGCUUCCCCUCGGCUCUGGUAGUUUCGUAAUUGUUUCUAUGAUUACCAGCAUCACGAAUGUAGUGAUAAUGGAUCUUAUUAUUAUUAUUAUUAGAUUAUUUAUUCAUUCUCCUAUAAAACACCAUUCGUAGUGUGAACAAUGCGAAUGAGAGAAAAUUGAUGUAACAUUUAUCGUAUUACUACGAAAUGUCGGUGCCAAAAAAUUACGAAUUUUCACAUUUCAUAUAAAAUCCGGUGGCUCGAAAAAAAACGUACGCAUAUCAACGAUGAGAAAACCAAUUGUUUUUAAUUGCAGUUUAUAUUGAACAAUAUCAUCUAUCUUUCAUUAGUUCGAUCGCCUUUUACGUUUUCUUUCGUUAUAGAUAAACAAAUAUUUUACACCACGUCAUAGAGAUAGGGAGAAAAAAAAAACACAGUUCACCUACAUAUGUAGAUCCGUACUCGCUUACUUAUUUUCCGGUGAAUGUCGAAGAUGACAUGAAUGAUCUGAUGGCAUUCUAUUAAUUCAUUACGUAUCAUAUAUCGUUCAUUUUUUAUACCUGAAUCACCGAUAUAAAAACUUUUGUUACUGAUGAACGCGCUGUGCGUUAUUACAUUUGCCUAUUAUUCUAUUGUGCUUCAUACGACAAACUCAAUAAAGUAUAAAGGUAUUUUCUUAUAAAA